UGGGUGAUCAGGCACAGUCAGGCUGAGCCAGCCAUCCUGCAGUCACGGCACCAUGAGUGUCUCCGCGCUGAGCCCCACCAGAUCCCUGGGCAGUUUCUCUGGGCUCCUGCAAGUGGCCUUCCUGCUCGGCCUGGUGCUGCUGCUGCUCAAGGCUGUCCAGCUCUACCUGCACCGCCAGUGGCUGCUCAAGGCUGUCCGAGAGUUCCCAUCACCUCCCUCCCACUGGCUCUUCGGGCACUACAAGGAGUUACAAAAGAAUAAUGAACUGCAAGUGUUACUAAAAUGGAUAGAGAAAUACCCAAGAGCUUGUUCUCGCUGGCUGUGGGGGACAAAGACCCAAAUUUUGAUCUAUGACCCUGAUUACAUGAAGGUGAUACUUGGGAGAUCAGACCCCAAAGAUAUCAGUAUCUACCGUUUACUGAGUUCCUGGAUUGGGUACGGUUUGCUACUGUUGAAUGGGCAGCCCUGGUUCCAGCACCGGCGCAUGCUGACCCCAGCCUUCCACUAUGACAUCCUCAAGCCCUAUGUGGGACUCACGGCUGAUUCUGUGCGAGUGAUGCUGGACAAAUGGGCAGAGCUCAGCAGGAAUGGUACCCCUGUGGACAUCUUUAAACACAUUUCCUUGAUGACGCUGGACACCAUCUUGAAGUGUGCCUUCAGCCACCCCAGCAGCAUGCAGACUGACAGGAAAUCCCAGUCCUACAUCCGGGCCAUCGAAGACCUGAAAAACCUCUUCUUUUCCCGGGUGAGGAAUUUAUUCCACCAGAAUAACUUCAUCUACAGCCUGACCCCUGCUGGCCGCAGUUGUACCAAGGCCUGCCAACUUGCCCAUGAGCACACAGACCGUGUGAUCCAGCAGAGGAAGUUGCACCUGCAGGACGAGAGUGAGCUGGAAAAGAUCAGAAAGAAGAGGCAUCUGGACUUCCUGGACAUCCUGCUUUUUGCCAGGUCAGAGGACGGGAGAGGCCUGUCUGACAAGGACCUACGGGCAGAAGUGGACACAUUCAUGUUCGAGGGUCACGACACCACGGCCAGCGGCAUCUCCUGGAUCCUCUAUGCAUUGGCCACGCACCCCGAGCACCAGCAGCAGUGCCGGGAGGAGCUCCAGAGCCUGCUGGGGGAUGGCACCUCCAUCACCUGGGACCACAUGGACAAGAUGCCCUAUACCACCAUGUGCAUCAAGGAGGCACUGCGUCUCUACCCACCCGUGCCCAGUGUGAGCAGACAGCUCAGCUCACCUGUCACCUUCCCUGAUGGGCGCUCCCUACCCAAAGGACUCUCAGUGUCCCUAUCCAUUUAUGGUCUUCACCACAACCCACAUGUGUGGCCCAACCCAGAGGUGUUUGACCCUUCUCGGUUUGCACCAGGUGCUGCUCGGCACAGCCACGCUUUCCUGCCCUUCUCAGGGGGCUCCAGGAACUGCAUCGGGAAGCAGUUUGCCAUGAAUGAGAUGAAAGUGGCUGUGGCGUUGACCCUGCUCCACUUUGAGCUGGCUCCUGAUCCUUCCAAUAUACCCAUUCCCAGAUCCAGAGUCGUGUUGAGUUCAGAGACUGGAAUCCACCUCUACCUCAAGAAACUCCCUUAACAACUUGGGGUCACUGAUGGGUGUGAGGGCCUCCUACCUGCUACUCUGUCUACUGUCACCAGCCCCUUUGCGCAUUUACUUUUUUUCUUCUUUUUGGUGUGUGUAUGGAGUGUGGGGUCUGGGGAGUAGGAGUGGGAGUGAAUCUCUGAUGCAAAGAUCAGAAAGUUGAGGGACCACUUCUGGUGACACUCAGCCGACCAGGCCUUAAGGUGGAUCUCAGGUAUUAGGAUGAAGUGCUGUACAGACUAUAGGGAUCAUUCUUGAAGUAAUCAGGAGCCUCAAGCUAAACUAACCACAGCUCAAAGGCCUUCCAGGGUAUGCUCAAUUUUGUCUGGGGAGCUGUCUCAAACCAGGGAUUGAAUGGGUUCAGGCCUAUCUCCUUUACUAUAUCCCUGUAUGCCUUCUCCCUUCCUGCUUUCUAACUGCCUGGUACCUGAUUCCUUAUCUUUGCCAGUUCUAUUAUCUCCCUUCUUUGUCGCUGAUUCCUGUUAAUAAAUUAACAUUUAUUUCCUUAGUGGCCUUGGUAUUACUCUAAGUAUACUGGCAGUAGAAAGAAGCAGCCCUACCCUUCUCACAAAUCUCAGACCUAGCUUGGCUUUGUAAUGUAAACACUUUUACUUCAUGCUUAUUACAGACCCCAGAUGUGAGGAGGACGUGACUUAUGAAAGCACAGAGCCUACAUGCUCAACCUUGCAUUCCUCCCUGGAGAUUGUAGUGUUAAUUUCAGGGACAUGGCAGGACAAUAUAUGCUUUGGUGUCUUUAUGAGAUAUGUUUCAUCUGUGUCCUAACAUUCUGCCAUGGUCAAGUCAUUGAGAUGUGAUUGAUAGAAAAUAAAAUAAAAGGUGGUCUUUGGCAGUCACCCUUUGUCAUCAGUCUGAAUGAUGCCAUGACCCUCCAUGCUUAUUCA